GUGCGCGCUGCGCUGUUCAGGUCGGGCGGUUUCUGUUUCGUUCCGCGGGUGCGCCAUCAUGGAGCCGCAGCCGGACAGCCUGGAGGGGUGGGUGGCCGUGCGAGACACCGCCUUCACCGAGCCCCAGCCGCCGCCGCGGCUCCGCUUCCUCGUGGGCUGGAACGGCGUGGAGGGCGCGUUCGCCGUGACCUGCCACGGCCGGGCGGAGGCGGCGGCGCAGGCCCCGCAGAGCUGGGCCGGUCUCUUCUCGGCGCCGGCCCUACGCGGCGUCCAUCAGCAGCUGGCGGCCGUCUGUCCGCGCCUAGAGCCCGCUUUCCCCGCGCUGCCGUCCACGCUGCCCGGCGCUGCCACCGGCGGGCUCUGGGCCGUGCUGUUCCCCGGCGGCACGGUGCCGAGCGAGGCCGAGGUGCAGGAGCUGUGCCGGGAGCUGGAGCUCUACCUGGGCUGGGCCCUGGAGUUCUGCGGCGGCCGUGUGGUGCUGGACACCCUCUUCGCCGCCGACCGCCGCUGCGACGAUGAGUACUUCGAGAGUCUCCACGAGCUCCGAGCGAGGGCCCUGCGCUGCCACCUGGCCCGGGCCAAGGAGGCCCUGAGGCGGAUUCUUCAGCAGCAUAAAAGUGCUGACACAAUGGUGGCUUUGAUGAAGGUUUAUGAAGAAGAAGACAAAGCUUAUCAGGAUUUGGUCACCAUGGCAACACAAUUCUACCAGUAUUUACUGCAGCCCUUCAGAGAUAUGCGAGAGCUGGCAACACUAUACAAACUGGAAAUCCUGAAAUCUUUACAGUAUGAUAAUUUGGGGCCUAGAAGAGUAGAAGCUUUGCAGAAAGAUGCUGAAGAAUGGACUAAGCGAGCAGAGAAUGCUGUGUGCUCCAUUCAGGAUAUCACUGUGAACUAUUUCAAGGAAACUUCAAAGGCUCUGACAGGAAUGCACAAACAGAUGGAACAAGAUCAGGAAAGAUUCGGUAAAGCCACCUGGGCAUCAGCUAUGCCACGACUAGAAAACCUGAAAUGUAUGUUAGCUAAAGAAACUCUUCAGCAUCUGAGGGCUAGGGAGUUGUGCCUGAAACACAAGAGAGCUGGCAUUCAGAAAAACAUGGAGAACCUCAGUGAACAAGAAGAGAACUUAACUGUAGUGGAGGAGCUGGAAAUACAGUAUUAUGAAAUGCAGCUGGAAUUAUAUAAUGUACAGCUUGAAAUAUUGAAACAUGAAGAGAUGCUGCUUAUUGUACAGACGGAUACUUUAAGGAGACAGAUUCAAGAGAAACAGGAUGAAGUUGUUUACUAUGAUACAUGUGAAAAUCCUGAGGAGCUCAAGGUCAUUGAACAGACAAUGGGACAACAUUACGCUAACUUGUCAGAAAUGACGAUGCUGAGGCAGAAGACUAAGCAGUUGGAGACAAAGCGUGGGACUGUCUGUGCGAGGAGAGCCUACCUCAGGAACAAAAAAGAUCAAUGUGAGGCAAACCAUCGGCAGAGACUGCAACAGGCAGAAGAGAGCAAAAAACGCUUCCAGCAGCAUCACAGCAUACAGAUAAAGAGGGACAAGCAAAAAGAAGAGGAGAAAAAGAAAAAAGCGUGGAUAAGUCAGGAACGUCAGAAAACACUGGAGAGGCUGAAAGCAUUCAGGGAGAAGUGUCCAGCUCAUGUUGUUCUGAAAACAUCUCGUCCUCUGCCUCUCAGUCCCAAGUUGCCACGAAGCAUCACUCAACAGAUUGCAGUACGGUCCCCUGCACCUUCGUCAAGAGCAAGGGCAGCUCCAGAGCAGCCAAAGAGUAUACUGCUAGUAGAAGCCUGGGAAUCAAAAGCUUUGCAACAAAAUACCCCAGCAGAUGUCCCUGUCCAGAUUCUUGUUACUGAUGGUGACACAGAGGAGCAAAAGCACAGUGAGGGAUUGAUGGGCUCUCCAGCCUCACCACCAUCACCACCACCUCCUCCACCUCCUCCUCCUUUACCCCCUUCUCCCCCACCUCCCCUCUUACCUCUCGAACUCCCACGUCCCCUACCUCCCUCACCUCCUCCCUUACCUUUCCGACCCCGUCUUCCCCCACCUCCCCCCUUACCUCUUCAGUUAAAGACACUAUCAGCAACAGAGGAUAAGCCACUUCCCCUCAGCUCUAAUAACCCCACAGAAAGCCCUGCACUGCACAAACAGGAUGACUCAUCCAGGAGGUCUUUAAAUGAUUGUAUAGGUUCCAUGGAUGAGGUUUUGGCUUCUCUAAAACGCAGUGAAGUUCAUCUUCGCAAAGUGGAACAGCCAAAUCCAUAUGCCUCUCUGAAAGACAACAUCCUCUCUGCUAUAAGGCAAGGAGUUAAACUGAGAAAAGUGAAUCCACAUACUGAGAAAGAUGUCAGCAAAGGACCCACUAAUGAUCUGGAGAGAAGCAUUAAGGCAGCCAUCCAGAGAAUUAAGAAAGUGUCUGCUGAUUCUGAAGAGGAGAACAAUGAUCAGUAUAAUGGAGAAUGGGACAGCUAGCCAGUUCAGCAAAAUAGACUUACUGACUGGAACGGAGUGUGUGUCUCAUUUUGCACAUUGUAGAAGACUGUCGCUUUCAAAAUGAAAGAACAGUGUGAUUGUGUGAGUGUUCUUCUCAUAGUCCAAAAUGUCUUGUAAAGUAAAAGAAUCUAUUGAAUUUCUAUAGGAGCUGCAGAUUCUUACUUUUGUGUGAGAAAUCAUACUUGAAAUUGUGCUUGCAUUAAUAGGUAUUUCUGGCUCAACCAUGUAGGGUUUUCACUUCAGCUGUCUGAAGAGCCAGCUGAAAUGCUGGAUUGAAAUGUACAUUAUUUAUAUCGUUACUACACAGUAGGCAAUGCUAUCACAACAAAGUUUAAAGAGUGAUAACUGAAAAUCUGUUUUGUCAGAUGAAAGCAGAACUAAACCUGUGGCAACAGAGGCAGACCAGAAACCCUUGUAUAAUCUGGAACGUCUCAUUCCUACCUCCAUUGUGCAGAAACUUCUCUAAUAUUUUGCUUGUGUAAUACAGCUCACUCUCAAAUAACUCCAUGGAUACUCCAUUUAUCAUUUUGUUAUAAAGUGUGCAUUUGCGAAUGGACUUGAUAAUGCUGAAUAGGAAAAAUAGUAUCAAGUUUGCAAUAAACACUACUAUAGUAAUUACUGAAAAGUUUACUUUUUAGCUGGACACUUAAAUACAGAAUAUUUUUAAAUGCUAAAUGUUUUUCAUACAUCUACAUCUAGAAGGAACUGUUGGCAGAAAAGAGCCAAAAUACUGUAUAUAAUAUUUUCUGGGAUCUAGCCCUAUAAUGCAGGGCUGCAUUUCUCCACUGAGCACAUCAAUACAUGUUUAUAGCUACUCUGAUGAAUUUAAAUUACCCAAUAGCCUUAUAAAUGUCAGAUACUUGCAUUGUGCCUCGAACCUGAAUUUAAAAAUUCAGCUACAUUUAAUUUAGAGACUGUUUCUAUAGUGGGUGGAUAGUGAUAAAAAAAGAUACAGAGCUUCUUUUGGAGUUUAUACUGACCCUUAAUAAAAAUAUAUCCUGCCAGGAGAAGUGGAUUCAGUGUGCUGUCAUUUUAGGAUGCAGCUGUGACCUAAGCACUUGGACCAUGGUAUUCUGGGUUUUGAUAGCAAGUGGCAGCCACGCAACAACUGUGCUUUCUCACUAAUGGUAUAUGUAAAUGCCCUUAUUUUCUCAAAUAUUUAUGAAUUGUAAUUUGGUAACAAAAUUGCAAAUCCAGUGCUUUAAUUCCCUGUUUUACUGUAGAAUAGCAAAUCUGUUUAAUCAGCACAAUAAAUAUGUAUGCAACAGUUUCGAUGUGAGAAGCAGCAGCUGGCGGUUCAUUUUUUACUGUUUCAGCACCUACUGCUGUUAGGAAGUCAGAAAGAAGUGACCUUUUUCUUGUCUACUGCCAUCAAACCAAAUGGAGACAAAGGCAGUGGCAGCACAGGUCAGUUCUUAGUGCUUCUGAUGCGAUGUCUGUGCUGAACUGUGGGGAGCAGGGGUGAAUUCACUGCACAUUCAGGCUUCAGCAUCUCAAAUGCUGUAUGCUUCGCAUAGACUGGAACUGAAGACAAGAUCUGGUCCUUUGAGAGUGGAGACCUUUUCCCCAAGGAUAGUGUGGGCAGAGGGGGGUGUUUAGAGGUGCAGGCAGGGUGGAGAGGCUGGUGCUGAAGGCUGCCUUCUUGCAGGCUGUGCCCUUUAGUGCUGUGGUUAUUUAAA